GUCCCAGUUAAACCUGUGUCUCUCCCCGGUGCUGACUCUGUUUGAUUCCCUCUUCUCCGGUUCUUCUCCAGUGACUCAAACCAGUGACUCAAACCAGUGGAGAGCCAUGGUGACCAAGAAGAUCCGGACGGAGUACAUGAAGAAGUUCAAGGACCCCCGAUGGGAGACGUUCUCCAAAUGCUACGAGGACGCCCUGAAGUACCGGCUGACCCGGCGGGUGAUGGAGCAUUCCCACAAGCCCUGGUUCUGGGAGGGCUGGGAAGGCGGCUCCGAGUCCAGCGGCUGGUCCACACCCCGGCUGACCAGGAACAAAGUGUCCCCCCUGUCCCCCCUGUCCCCCCUGUCCCUGCCGCCGCCGCCGGCGUCCUCGGACCUGAAGCAGAGGCUGAGCGAGCUGAAGACGGGACCGGGCCCGGAGCCCCCCCACCAGGAGGCGAGAGCUGGGGGGGCCGGAGACGCUGCUCCCAGCACGGCGGCGCUGGUUGAAAACGACGUGAAUGAAGCCGGCGGCGGUUCGGUGAAGCCGGUUCCGAACGCCAGCCCCCCCUCAGAGGACACCGGGACAGACGCCGGCCCGGCGGACACGGCCUCUUCUGACGGGGAGCCGGUGAACCCGGCACCGAAACGCCGGCACCGCAGACGAGCCCCCCACACUGACCCGGGACGCCAGGACAGCUCCAGUGACGACAAACAGGCCGAGGUCCGAAAAGCACCGAGAGCAAAGAGCCAGCCUCCGGUCAGCACCAAGGAGAACCGGAGAACGUCCAGCCGCCUGGACCGGACCGAGGAGAACCAGAGAACGUCCAGCCGCCUGGACCGGGCCGAGGAGAACCGGAGAGCGUCCAGCCGCCUGGACCGGGCCGAGAACCGGCCGGAGGUCCGGACCACGGCCAAUGACGUGAGGAGCCGGCGGGAGUCGGACAAGCGGAGCAGCAACGUGGAGCGGCGGCGGGCGCGCUCGGCCGACCUGGACAAGGUGAGGCGGGCGCAGCUCACCGUGGUGGACGACCGCUGGAUGACGGAGUACAUGAGCUGCUUCUCUGCCCGGCGGAGGUAG